AUGGAAGGAUGUCUUUAUCCACGUGUGAUCGUCACAGAUAGAGAGUUGGCAUUGAUGAAAGCAUGCAAUAUUGUUUUUCCCAGUGCUAAAAGAUUACUUUGUAGAUGGCACAUCUACCAAAGUAUCAUGAGAAAUUGUAGACCAGCAAUAACAUCAAACCGUGCUUGGAGUUCCUUUUACAAUACAUGGGUGGCAUUAAUUGCUUCGGAAUCAGAUGAAACUUACCUCUCUAAUUUCGUAAAACUUGAAGCAGUAUUGCUCAGCUAUCCAGCUGUUUUUGCUCAUCUGAAUGACACAUGGUUGACACCAUUUAAAGAAAUAUUUGUAUCUGUUUGGACUGGCAAAUUUCUCCACUUCGGAAAUCGGACAAAUAACAGAAUGGAGAGCCAACAUUCGAAGUUGAAAACUUACUUGGAUUCUGCGCAAUCAAGUCUAUCGACAUUUAUGAGCAAGAUCAAUCAACUCAUUCAGUCCCAAGAUACADMAAUUARAGCAAGUAUUGAAGAGAGCAGAAGUGUCACGAAACAUCUUCAUCGCAUACCACACUUCGAACAACUGUGUGGUUUUGUUUCACUUUAUGCAUUAGACAUAAUACUCCAAGAAUAUCGACAUGCUCAAUCAGUUGGCUUAUUAUCUGGAAAUUGUAAUUGUCUACUACGUACAAGUUAUGGGUUGCCAUGUGCGCAUGAACAAAUGCUAUAUUCCAACAAAGGUCAWCCUAUCCCAAUUGAUUCAAUUGAUGUAUUUUGGACGAAGCUUGAUUUAUCAUCGUGCCAAUCUUUACAAGAUGAUGAUAUUGGUUGUGAAAAUGAAGUCCAAAUAUUUACCGAGGAAUUUAAAAAACAAUCGAGAUAUGGUAAGUUUAGUUUUCUAAGGAAGAUAAAAGAGAUAACCAAUGCAUCAAAAACGUGGGUUCGUGAACCAGUUGUUAACAAGACUACUCGUGGACGUCCCUCGUUGAAGGAUAAACUUUUAAGAAAACCUCACGUUGAUCCGUCUUUUACAGCUCAUGUUGAUCUGUCUUUUACAGCUCAUGUUGAUCCGUCUUUUACAGCUGAAAGACCCCUUACAUGUAGCUAUUCGAACGCAUCAUCAUUUGUUGACUUGAAUGAAAUAAGCUACCAGGAACCAGUGAGACAUAGUUCUUUCGUCAACAAUAAUUAUAAUGCGCAUCCAUAUAUUAAUCAAUUUCCUGAAAUGUUUCACCCUUACAUCAGACAGGUACAUGAUGUGGGAGGUGAUGGAAACUGUGGAUUUCGAGCAAUAGCUGUCCACCUUGGUCUUCAUGAAGAUGCAUGGCCAACAAUUCGAUUUAACUUGAUGGAAGAGUUAGACGCAUACAAGACAUAA